AUGUCUUUUGGUCUUGUCUGGGCAGUGGUGGCCCUCACCAAAGAGGUUGUGGUUGAUGGCAGUGGACACUUGGUGGACUCCCAUACGGGCAAUGUGGUAGAGACCAGGCCUGAGGCCAGCUUGAUUCACCUCAAGGCGGAUAGUGGUGUUGCCCGCAGGUUUCUCGUGAGGAAGCUACAAGAUUUAGUUGGCGGCAGUUUGGACAGGUCCAAUGAGCUAGAUGGAGAAGGGAGGGAGUACCUUGGCACUGCACCCAAGGGUGGAGUGCACACAGCCUACAGGCGAUUCCAGGAGAACUCGGAGCAUUGCAAUGCUGUGGUGACUGUGAAUGGUGUUGAAUACACUCGUCCCCUUAACCUUGCUGGGAUCAGCAGGAGAGAGCAGGAUACUGACAGGAGGAAGCUAGGAGGAGGUGGUGGCGGAAGCCGCCCCAGAAAGUUGCUUUACCAAGGCAUCUACAUGGAAUCUAACCCAGAACAGGAGUUCAGGUUGGAUUGUGAUGAUGAAGAAGAUGACUGCAGUGUAUUCUCUGUUGGUCGCUUUCAUCCUGGAUCAAAUUCUGGCCGAAGAUUGGAUCAAGUUAUUUUGGACCAAUGUAAAAAUGAUGAUGAUUGCAAUGGUGACUUUACCUGCAACACCAUCAGUUUUUACAAAUAUUGUACAUGUAAUGAAGACACAGAUUGUGAUUACCUACUUGAGAGUGGUGGUUCCCACUAUGCUUUCCGAAACAGGGAUAAGGUUGAUGCUCAAUGUCCGAAUUCCAAUGUGUGCAGAGUUUACUAUGACUGCUUCUCUGCCUCCAUGAUGACCAUGACACCUGAAGGGCCCAAGAGAAUGGAUGAGCUCAAGAUCAAUGACCUGGUGUUGACUUCCUCUGGCCAGUUCCAAAAGAAGUAUCCUGUGGAGGCUGGCCAUGUUAAGGUUGGGGACUACUUGUCCCUCAUGGAGCCUGGUCAUUCCACCACCGCUACCAAGGCAGCCAAAGUGACUGUCAUUACCACUGUCAAGCUCAUGGGGGGCUUCUCUCCUGCCACUGAGGAUGGAACCAUUGUGGUCAAUGGUCUUCUUGCCUCCUCCUACAGCAACCCUCGCUACACUGACAAUGAAUAUGUGGAGGUUGCUGGAAAGCCCUUGAUGCACAGGCAGGCAUUCACCCACUUGAUCACCUCUCCCCUGAGGUUGCUCUGUAUCCAUGUCAGCAGUGCCUUCUGUGAGGUGGAUAUGGAUGGGGAAGCAUUUUUGCCUUUCUCCAAGGGAGUUGACAAGAUUUAUGUUGCCUCUGCAAAUGCUGGAAUUGUGGAUAGUGUGUUGAUGUUGACAGGCUUUGUAGGAAUGAUGGCCCAUGGAAUUGAGCUUUUCUUCAAGAUGUUUGGCCUUCCCUUGAUGGCCUCUGGAUGUGUUCUUGCACUUAUCAAUGCUGUGGCGCCCUUCAACUUCAACAUGCAGAUUGUCAACAAGGCCAAGAAGGUUGACUAA